AUGCCGCUAUCGUUCCACAUGACGCAGGCGCUGACCGGUCACGGUUGUUUCCAGCAAUAUCUGUUCAAAAUGGGCAGGGCCAACUCCCCGCGAUACACCCUGUGUUAUCACGAAGAUGACACUGCCGAGCAUUCCCUGUUCGACUGUGUGUUUUUCGCAGGACUGAGGGAUGAACUAGGGAAUCGUCUCGGACACCAGCCAAGCACAGAAGACAUCCCGGCGAUACUGUGUGGUUCGGAAUUUGAAAGCCUGCCCACCGACGACGCAGAAAGGAACUCGGUGCUGUGUAACGCUGAAGAAGACUUCCCGCUAUUCUAUAAAAUGGUGGAGGAAAUCAUGACCCUGAAAGAGGAAGAGGAGAGGAGGAGGCAAGCGGCGGACGGGAGGCGAAGAAUGCCCAUCUAG